AUGAUGAUAUUAUAAAAAGAUUAUUUUGUGGAAAAUGUAGAAAGAAUAGAAAAGGAUAAAGUUAUUUUAAAUGCUUUGAGUUAACAUUACUUUUUUGCACAUUUUAGUGAUUAAUAUAAGUACAAAUUAUAUGAUGAGACAAGAGAAGACAGUGCCUUUUUAUUGUUGAUUAAGGAAUUUAUGAUAUCAUAAUAAAUGGGGAUGGAAAAAAGUAACUUUCUACUGGAGAAGGCUUUGGGGAAUUAACAUUAUUUUAUGGAGCACCUCAUUCUGCUUCUAUUAAAACUAAAGAUGGUUUUUUUUGCAUUAUAUGAGAGUGUUUCUUUGAGCGGCUGUGGAAAAGAAUAUGAUGAUAAUAGAAAGUUUAUUGAUCCGAUCAAAUUUUUUGAAUAGAUGAGACAAUAUGAUUGGAAGAAUAUGAUAGCAGCUCUAUUAGAACUCAGCUAGAGGAGCUUCUAUUUUGCAGUAGACGAAAAUGGAAACAAAAUAUAGGCGAUAAUGAAGAAUAACCUAUUUAGAUGGAGCUUUGAAAAAAAAACAAUAAUUAUUAUGAAUAAGAUUUAGACAGUCAAUUAUUAGGCAAAUUAAAAGAUCUAUACUACAGAUUAGAAAUGUGAUAAAUUGGUUAUAGUUUUAGAAGGAAAUCUCUGCAAUAAGGAAAAAGAGAUAGCUACCAAAGAAUAAAUUGUCAGGGAUCAGUUUUUACCAAAAAAGAAUAGUGUAAAGUUAGUCCCUUAUGAUAUAUUUAAAAGGAAGGUUGCAGAAAUAUUGUACACUUUUAUAUAAUUAAUAGUAUAACAAUUUUCAAUAGUAUAUUGUAUUUCCAAUCAAAAAGUAAUCUCUAUUUUCUUUUCAAAAGUAGGAUACCAUUUGAUGUAUUUUUCGAAUACGUGGAGGAGAAAUAGAUUAAGCAAUUUAGAAGAAUGA